UGAGCCAUAAUAAGAGCAUAGACACAUUCAAGAGUGACAUAGCUGGUGGAGUAGUUAUGUUUAAGAACCAGCUACAAGAACUAGCACAGAGAAGCUGCUUCACCCUCCCUUGUUAUGCAUGUAUCAGGGAAGGACCUGAUCAUGCACCUCGGUUCAAGGCUUCUGUGAACUUCAAUGGUGAGAUAUUUGAAGGCUCUAGCUAUUGUACCACACUCAGACAAGCAGAGCAUGCAGCUGCUGAAGUAGCACUCAACACCCUAUCAACAAGGGGUCCUUCAAGGUCUCUAGCUGCAAGAGUUCUUGAUGAAACUGGAGUCUAUAAGAAUCUUCUCCAAGAAACUGCUCACAGAGCUGGUCUGAACCUCCCAGUUUACACUACCGUGAGAUCAGGACCUGGCCAUCUACCUAUCUUCACUUGCACUGUUGAGCUUGCGGGUAUAAAUUUUACGGGAGAAUCAGGAAAAACGAAGAAGCAAGCAGAGAAGAAUGCUGCCAUGGCUGCCUGGUCCGCUUUAAAACAAAUGCCAAACUUGGGUUCUUCAUCUCAGACAAACAGAGAUAGUGAGGGCAGUGAAGAACAGGAGCAGGUAGUUGUCACAAGGGUUCUAUCAGAUUUCAAGCCCAAGGAUGAAAACAAGACUGCGAGACACAGGGACCAAAGCCAGUCGAGAAGAAGAGUGGUUCCGAGUUACAGAGAUAACAAUAAUGGCUCCAGCUCUUCCUGCCAUGACACAAUCUUACAGUAUCAGCAAUGGAGAUCAAUGGAUCUACUAUCUGAUUUCACCUCAAUCUAUCCAAACCAAAGGCAGAAUCAGAACCAGAACCAGAACCAGAAUUGUUACUCUGUUCUUUUCCCUCUUCCCACAGCUUCAAAGAUCUUAAAGCCGAAUUCUACCAGAGAGAAGAAUAAGGCAUCACCAUACCCAUCAAACAGAGCAAUUCUACCUCCGCUGGAAGAACACCAAAAGGAUGAAGAUGAGUCGCUCAAUGUGAAAUCAGAGAGCACAGAGAAACCCAUUGAGAAGGUUCUCAGGCAAAGUCCAAGUUAUCAACGGCCAUUCCCAUUGACCCAUUACUGUGGCCAACGAACCCAGAUGAGAACCACCACCACCACCACCUUCGGACCUGUUUCUGCUCCAAUUGCAGCAGCUCCCUGUCUUCUGAAUAUCCUAAAAAGGGGAAGAUUCCACGCUCAGGGAUUGGCUCCAGCAGUUCAUAUUCGAACAGUAAUCCCAGUGUGCGCAGCCCCACCUGGGAGACCUCCAUCAUCGAAUCCUCCAACACCACAGAUGAAAGAAGCCUCAAAAUCACACCAAUCCUCAGCCGCAGUCUCUGCACAAACAAUAGAAGAACUCCACAGGUUACGGCUAUGAACAUGA